AUGGCGUUAGCAGAGACGGUCAUCCGGCUUAUACACAAGCACCAGGUGAUCCCCAAGGCGGUGCGGUACCUCCCCGUCAUCCUGUUCCUUGUGGCGAUGGCGCUGGUGGUGUGGCUCGCGGUGCUCCCGCUCGAGGGCCAGUACCGCCGAACCUACAUCUCCGAGAACGCGUUGAUGCCGGGCCAAGUGACGCUGUAUUUCCGGGAAUCCGAGUGGAACUAUGUCCGUGGCUUCCGCUCGGAGCUUGUUAAUAUGGAGCUGAUGGACUACGGCGAGCGCCAGCUGAUCGUCCAAGGGUGGCUCGACGAUAUUGGUCUCACCACCGACAUCCACCACAACAGCGUCAACAGUACCACGUUAUACGGGGUGAUGCACGCUCCGCGAGGCGACGACACCGAGGCCGUGGUGCUCACGGUGCCGUGGUACACCAGUGACGGCCACUACAACGUCGGGGCGUUGGCGUUGGGGAUGGCGCUCAUGCGAUACUUCCUGCGGAUGCUGAUCUGGUCACGGAACAUCGUCGUGGUGUUCCCCGAGCUGCUGAGGGUGCCGUUGCGACAAUGGGUCGAUGCCUACCACACGCUGUUGCCGCUUAACGCGGGGGCCAUCGAUGCCGCCAUCGUCAUGGAGUAUGCGAGCGCUAACGACCACUUUGACUACUACCAGAUGUUCUACGAAGGUCUUAACGGUCAGCUCCCCAACUUGGACUUACUUAAUACCGCUAACACUGUCGGUUACCACGAGAACAUUCACGUGAGCAUUCAGGAUACCCCUAACCUUGAGCUCACCAAAAACACAUACUACUCCCGCUUGCGGACGUUAAUCCGGGGCAUUGUCCACUUAGCAGUGGCAGGGUUGACGCCGCAAACCUCUAAAGGCUGUGAAGCAUUCAGUGGGUGGCUGAUUCAAGCGUUUACCAUCAGGGCCGUCGGUGACGAGGGUCACGAUAUCACUCAGUUUGGCCGUAUCGUCGACCAGACAUUCCGUUCAGUGAACAACUUGCUAGAGAAGUUCCACCAGUCGUUCUUCUUCUACUUCUUGUUGCUGCGGCGGAACUUUGUGCUGAUUGGUACCUACUUGCCGGCGGCGGUGUUUUUGGCAGUGGCGUACGCGCUUGCCCUGUUGGUAGCGUUGUUGGGGUCUCAAGUUCUGGUUGAGGCUUACUUCAGCCACAUCACCACCACUCUCACCGGGUUCACUUCAAUCAUGGUGUUCUCGUGGACGAUGAGUGUGGUGUUGCCCUGGAUCGCUCAGAGCGGAGGCAUUGUUGCCGCUCAGCUAUUGUUGGUGGUGGGCAUCAUCAGUGGGGUGGUGUUGUCGUUGGCUCCGGUGACUCGGAUGGUGCCGAUCCUGAUCUCACGUCCCACGCAAUCGUCGAUCAUCGGUCUCUCCUUAUUCUACAUUUCGAUGCUCAUUACGGCGCUUUUGAUCGUCCACUUUGCCCUUGCGUUGCUUGUGGGGCUUGUGGCAUUACCCCUCAUCUUCGUGGCCCCCAUCAUCAACCAAGGACCGUUGACCUCCAAGGAUCGGAUAAGAAUUGCCUGUUGCUUGGCUGUUUCCAAUCCAUUCGUCGCCAUUGGCGCUACCGGCUGGUUCACUGGUGAAGGCGGAGCGGUGCUCUUACGGGGCUUGUUAACAGCGUGGUCUGAGGUCCAAUGCUGGACCUGGUACGUGGUGGUGCUUGGGUGGUUACCCGGUUGGUUGGGGAUGGCAUUGGCCGCAGCCGUGCCCACCCCCAUCAAGAAGACCCGUCCCCAAGCCACUAAGGAAGUCAAGGAAGCUAAGGAGGCGAAGGAAGCUAAAAAGGUGAAGGCAGCAUAA